AUGAACGUAUCUGCGUACAUUUUGACAUCCCUACUUUUGUACAUAUCCCUUUUGAAUUACAAAAGAUUCGUGUUCUACUUUAUUAACCUCCAUGUGAACAAAGAACUGGAAAAGGUAGCUAGAGUGUAUGUUUCAUUUGAUCAUUAUUUGCACAUUUUCUUAGAAUAUGGAUUCGUUUGCAUUUACAUUUUAAUUGCAUUUCAGCCGAACAAAAAUGUCUACUCGAAACGGAGUAAAUAUAAUUAUAUAUUUGCAAAAGUGUUAUUAGUAUAUUUUUUUUUUUUUUUUUUCCACUUUCUUUUGAAUAUAAAAAACAACUUCCCUCUAAAUUUAUUUUACUUAAUUAUCAUAAUAUUCCAUUUGUCAGAAUUCUUUCUGUCGUUUUUACAUAAUAAAAAUAAUCACAAUUAUUACAAUUUUUUAGUAAAUCCAAACUAUGGUUAUGUAUAUUUUUUCAUACUAACCCUUUUUGAAUAUUAUGCUAAGAUAUUUUUAUUUCCCUUUUUACACAUUUUUGAAAAGUACAUAAACAAAAAAAUCAUUCAUAAACUUUUAUUAGUAAAUUAUUUUUUUCUUCAAAAUCAUCUAUAUAAUGGUUCUCACAUAUGCACCUACUACUAUAUUAAUCAAAUUAAAAUAAAUACCAAUAAUGAUUUAUAUCCAUUAAAUGAAAUUCUGGGAAAGCCAAACCUAUUCGCCAAAUGGAAACUACAGAAUGGAAAUCAAGUUUCAAAUAAUUUUUUACUAAAGAAAGGAAAAUUAGUUAAUUUAUCAAAAAAGUCAAGUUUUUUACACCUUUUCAAGAAUAGAGUACUAAUAAAAGGGAUACUAGGUAAGAGUUCAUUUCUACAUUCCCACAGAACCAUUUUCCCUCCUUAUGUCUUAAUUGAACAUAGAAAUCAGUAUAUUCCAUUAAAACGAGAUUUUCAAAUCACACCAUUCAGCACGAACGAGGAUUUCAUUGUCUCAUCUAGUGGCUCUGCCAAUUUAGACACUAACCAUGAGAGAACAUAUGCUCAAUGCCUGUUCACCACAACUACAUCAUCCAGAGUAGACAUAACAAAUAGAAGCAUAACAAAUCGAAGCAUAAUAAAUGGGGACAUAAUCGAUCGAGGCAUAAUCGAUCGAGACAUAAUAAAUGGAGACAUAAUAAAUGGGGACAUAAAUAAAACGUACAAAUCGUACGACUUAAAUAAUUCUUUAUUUCAAAAAAUUGUUUUAAAAUAUGCAAAUAUAUUUUUUAGGUAUCAUGCGAUCCAAAAUGUUGAGAAAAUAUACAACUACUACCUUUUGGUAAUAUUAUUGUCCCUUUUGAUUAGCGUUCUGGGAAUGCUUUUGAGAGUAUUUGCUCUUAUUCAUUGUUCUAAGAAUUUCUCUUUUUACGUUCAGAACACUGGAUGUUUGGUUUAUAAGUCGAUCAAGGGAAAACACAAGUUGGUGACAUCUGGAUUGUACAAGUAUAUGAGACAUCCCUCUUACACUGGUUGGUUUUACUAUGCAUUGUUUUUGCAAUUAUCCCUAUUUAACAUUUUCUCCUUUAUUUUAUGUUUUUUCAUAUCGUGGACAUAUUUCUACCGAACAAUCAAAAUGGAGGAAAAAUACUUACUUGAGUGUUACGGAGAGGAGUACAGAAAAUACAAAGAACAGACGCCAAACAUAUAUAUUCCCUUCAUGAGCGGAAUUUAA